AUGCAGCCAGCUUUGCCAUCGCCAGUUCCGUCCCGCAACCUCCUUCGCUUCUUGAAAUUGCAGUCCGACGCCGCCUUCUUGGCCCACGGCCGCCCGAAUAGCUUGGUAGCUGCUGGCGCUCGAGUGUGUCGACGAGCGAGAGCGUCGGGGAGCCUGAAUUCCCUGGGCGCCAGAUCAUUCAGCUCACUGCCGACGACGCCUGGGGGCCAGCGCCAUGUUGGUUCUGGUCUUCGUGCCGUCAAAUAUCCCCUCCGAAACGGAUCGCCAACAAAAUCGGCCUCGCUAGGAUUUAGCACCACGGCAGCUGGGCGCAAGCUGUUCGAGCCGAAAUCAAGCAACGAACCUACAUGGCAGGAAAAGCUUUGGGGGACGAGCGCCAAGAAGGGACCCAAGCUGCUAAAGCCAGAUGACCUUCCAGUCCACGACGACUUUGAGCAUGGCUCGUCCAUGUUUACUAGUCGCCGGGCCUUGGCGGCCAAGGCAGCUUUGGAGCCUCGGCUGCGAUGCACCGAAGUGGAUGAGAAUGGCAAAGUUAUCCUCGUGGAUGGGGAGUUUAAGAAGACGGAGCUGAUUGCAAAGUUUGGGCUCAACCCCCGAGAUCUUCGAAAAAUCGACUCCUCCAACCUGCCGCAUAUCCUCAUCCGACCCUCGGCUAUUCUCCUUAACCUUUUGCACUUAAAGGUCCUCAUCAAGCACGACCGCGUCCUCCUGUUCGAUGUAUAUGGGUCAAAGACAUCGUAUCCGCAGUCUGCAUUCAUGUAUGACUUGCAGGGGAAACUGCAGCAAAAGACGGCCCAAGGCUCCAACAGCCUGCCCUACGAGUUCCGUGCCCUGGAAGCUGUGUUGACAUCCGUGACGUCGGAAAUGGAAGCCGAUUUCGAGGCCGUGCGAGAACCAGUUAUGCGCAUUCUCAGCGAACUAGAGGACGACAUUGACCGAGACAAGCUGCGCAUACUCCUCAUCUUGUCGAAGCGAGUGAGCACGUUUGAGCAAAAGGCCAAGCUGGUCCGAGACGCCAUUGAGGAACUCCUCGAGGCGGAUGACGACCUAGCGGCCAUGUAUUUGACCGAGAAGACACACGACUUGUACAGGGGGCUAGACGACCACACCGAGGUGGAAAUGCUGCUGGAGUCAUACCACAAGCUCACCGACGAAAUCGUGCAAGAGGCCGGCAACCUGGUGUCUGGAAUCAGGAACACGGAGGAAAUCGUCCGCGCCAUUCUCGACGCCAACCGCAAUGCACUCAUGCUGCUAGACCUCAAAUUCAGCGUGGGAACCCUCGGGCUCGCCAUGGGCACCUUCCUCGCCGGCCUGUACGGCAUGAACCUGGAGAACUUCAUCGAAGAAACAAACUGGGGCUUUGGCGCCGUCACGGGCAUGUCAACCGUCGCGUCCAUCAUGGUGUGCUGGUACGGGCUGAUCAAGCUGCGCAAGGUGCAGCGCAUCAAGAUGAUGCGCAACGAGCGGCCACACGUUCCUCGCGGCAACCAGUAUCCGUACCAGUACCAGUACCACGACGACAGUGCGCUGGGUCUUCUUGACUCUAGGAACAGGGAGAUGCUCCGUCGGGCGCACAUGCAGAAGGCCAUGGCGACGCGAAGAAGCUGGCUUACGUUCUGGAAGGCCUAA